AUGAGAUCCAACGCUUCGUCUUCCCGUAUUUUGAGCAGUCCAGGUUCUACUAAUGAACCGCCUUCUCCUCAUGGAUCAUCGGAUACCAAGCUCACGGCGUUUUCUCCUGAAGACGUUCGUUCAAAGGGACGUUCCGAUUCUAGCGUCAAUACUUCCUUGAACGAUGCCGGGUUCCGUAGGGUUUACUCGCUGCCUUCCUCGGAUCCCUUUUUGGGACAAAGUGGCCCUUCAAACCGGGUGCAGCUCUCCCCGAUGGCAGCAAGCUUCACGCCGAUCUCAAUGACUGGCAGUAUAGCUGGUCAAAGCCAAAUCGAGUCCCCCUUGACGCGUGAUUUCUCCAGUGUCGGCCAUCUGGCUGCCAAUUCUGACCCUGAAACACAUGGACCGGGAGCGGGAAUCAUCAGGUUCAGUGAGCCCAAUAUGCCGGAGUACGGCCCCGUUGGAAACACUCAUUUUGCCAGAAACAGCUUCACGUCCAGCGUGCCAAUCGAAAAGCUUGAUUCUGAGCGACGGAGCCGUGCCUUUGUUAUCGAGAACGUACCGACUAACCUCUCGUAUAUGGCUUUGGCUGGUUUUUUCAAUCGCCGCGAAUUUGGGACUCUCAAGGGGCCUGUACUCACCGAACUAAGCUCUAUGGGAAAUGUAUAUCUUUCCUUCACCGACAGCCGAGACGCCAAAAAUGCGUUUGAAAAAGUUCACCUUCUUCGACCAGAAUGGCAUAUCGUCCCACUUACUGCCAGGGAGUUGGCUCAGCGCUCAGAUCCGUCUCUGCUUUCAAAGACCUCCGAUUUCGAAGGCCAGUUACUGGUUGCCGUUUAUUAUGACAGCAGGAACCCGAAGUUGAACCAACACUCAGUGUCACGCUCCCUCGAGGCGCUUGUCCUGACGUUUGGUGACAUUAAAACAUUCAGCCAGUUGUCUAACAGUCAGGAUAAUGUCAGCGAGUUUCAUCUUGAAUUUUUCAAUACUCGUGAUGCGGAGAAUGCUUCCAUUAGUUUGAAUGGUGCUAGGGUUGAUGAUUGCGUUCUCGAAGUUUCGCACUUCCAUCCGGAUCUAAAUAACAAUAACCCUUAUCUUCCGCUUCCGAGUCCGACGACCCCAGUGAAGGAUAGGCCUUUCCACUUUGAAGAUCCCUAUCCCAGGCGCAUUUCCUUGAGUCACGGUCGAUCGACUCGCACGGCUUGUAUGGAGCUAAGCCCUACGGGCCGUUCGACAGUUCCUCAAGGCGAACAUGCUGACCUCAUGGACUGGAUGUCCAGAGCGGGUGAAAACCUUUUGCCAUCGCCCCGCCGGGAGCUUGGCCGUUACUCUGAUUCUCGUCCCGGUAAUCAGAACGCAGUCGAUGUCGAGCGGAUUCGCCUUGGCUUAGAUGUUCGCACAACGAUUAUGCUGCGCAACAUUCCAAAUAAGAUUGAUCAGGGCAUGCUGAAAUCUAUAAUUGAUGAGACCAGCUACGGCAAAUAUGACUUCAUGUAUCUACGAAUCGAUUUUGCGAACAAUUGCAAUGUUGGCUAUGCCUUUAUAAAUUUCGAAGACCCGAUUGAUAUUAUUGACUUUGUCAAUGCCAGAGCCGGACGCAGUUGGAACUGCUUCAACAGUGACAAGGUUGCGGAAGUUUCCUACGCAACCAUCCAAGGGAAAGAUUGUCUCAUACAGAAGUUCCGCAACAGUUCGGUUAUGCUCGAACAUCCCUCGUUCCGCCCUAAGAUCUUCCAUACUGGAACUGGUCCUCUUGCUGGCACUGAGGAUCGUUUCCCUGGACCAGACAACCCAUCGAAAAUGCGUCGGAGUAUCGAGAACGCAGAACACAUCGGGCUGUUUGCUCCCCGUGUUAGCCAGCAGUAUCGCGAUGAGCAACGUCGUCGUCGCUCACAAUUCGAUCGUGGAACAACUGCUGCCGAACGGGAAAUUGUAUACGUCCGAACGAUCGCUCCGAAGCACUCUUCCAUGGAAAAUAAUGCUCUUAGAGCUACACCUUGCACUUAUCCUCUUGGCAAACUCUGGUACGAAGAUGACACAACAAUCAGAGCUCGAGGUCCCAGAACUUCUUGA